AUGCAAUAUGAGUACGAGAAUUAUGAUCCAUCUUUUCCCGACCAACCUGUGGUUGACCAAUACCUCCCAGUUUGGGCCAGGUUACCAGCCUUCAAGUCCAAACCAGCCUUUAUUUGGGCUGAAGAUUACCUAAACACCAUUUCCACUACCCACCUCACCUAUGAACAACUCAAUACCUCAGUAGAUAUAAUCUCAACUCAACUACUUUUUCCACUUCAAAGAGGGGACACUGUCCUUAUUCUUUGCUCUCCAGGACUUGACCUUGUUAAGGUCAUUUUUGGUUGUCAAAGAGCUGGUCUUUUAACUGUCCCUAUAGUCCCUCCUCACCCUUCUUUCACCAAUGAAAAAAAUUACCAUCACCUUGUAAGGAUCAUUUCACAAACUAAACCAAAAGCUGCAAUAGCUCACCCUAAUUACAUUUCAACCAUUCAACACUACAUCACUUCCUCCCACAACAACAAUAAACUAGCUCACAUGUUAGAAACUCUCUUAUGGAUUUCCACAGAAGAUAUAAAAAACGAUAACAUAAAUUCAAACUCGAAUUCAAAUUUAUAUUCAUACAAUGGUCGAAAACCAGAAGAGGUUUAUUUGGUUCAAUACACAUCAGGUGCAACCGGAAUACCGAAACCUGUUCUUGUAACAACAGGUUCAGCUGCACAUAACGUUAGAACCGCAAGAAAAGCUUACGAUCUUCAUCCGAAUAGUACUAUAGUUUCGUGGCUACCUCAAUACCAUGAUUGUGGUCUCAUGUUUUUGUUACUCACAAUUGUAUCAGGUGCAACAUGUGUUCUAACUUCCCCAACAUCGUUCAUCAAACGACCAAGACUCUGGCUUGAGUUAAUGUCGAAAUUUAAUGCUACUUGCACCCCCGUUCCUUCUUUCACACUACCACUUGUAGUUAAACGUGGAGGAAUUCACCAAGGAAAUUUUCCCAUUAACCUAUCAAAUCUUAACAAUCUUAUAAUCAUCAAUGAACCUAUUUAUAGAGAUUCAGUGGUUGAGUUUGUUCACACUUUUUCGCCAUUCGGGUUAAAAAGUUCCUCUAUAUCACCUUCUUAUGGAUUAGCCGAAAAUUGUACUUUUGUUUCAACUGCAUGGAGAUACAAUCAAGAAAAUUUUCCAUCUCACAAUAAACUUUUACCAGUUGCAAGGCUUGAGGAACAAGAAGACAUGGACAUCAUGGUUGUUAAUGAAGAAACACUUGAACCAGUUGAAGAUGGUGUUGAAGGAGAAAUUUGGGUUUCAUCACCAAGUAAUGCUUCUGGUUAUCUUGGCCACCCUUCUUUAACAAGAGAAGUUUUUCAUGCAAGAAUCAGUAACAAAGUUCAUCGGUGUUUUCUUCGAACGGGUGACAAAGGAAUAGUGAAAGGAGAAAAAAGAUAUCUCUUUGUUACUGGUAGAAUUCAAGACACUAUAAAGCUUCAAAAUGGUGAAAAGAUUCAACCACAUUACAUAGAAACCGCGGUUUUCAACAGUUUUCCGAAGUUACUACGAGGUGGUUGUGUUGCAGCUUUUAAAGUUUUAGCAACGGUUGUAAUUGUUGCAGAGAUGCAGAGGAUUGAAAAAGAUGUGGAUGAAGAGAUUCUAAGGAGUGUUUGUGAGGGAAUUAAAGAAAAUGUUAUGAAAAAAGAGGGUGUUGAAGUUGGAUGGAUUGUUUUGGUUAAGAGUGAAUGUGUUCCAAAAACUACUUCUGGGAAAUUGCAAAGAUGGGCUGCUAAAGAGAAGCUUCUAGAUGGAAAAAUGAAAAUUUUGAUGGAGAUUAGGUUUGGAAAAGAUAUUAUGAGGAUAAAACAUGAGGUAGUAAGAAAAGUGGAUGUUGAAAAAAAUGAUCACUUAGGUGCAGAAACUCGUAGCUCAUUGAUGUCACAUCUAUGA